CCUCCAUUAGCCCUGCAACCUGAGCGAAGCUAACCUCCCCUAGCACUGUAUCCUCCAUUCAUUUAUUACCAGCCCGAAAUGGAAUCCAAUAUCCCCCGCUCCCCCCAUUUAUUGCUCUGAUUAUAUUCGUUAGAAAGGCUGCUUGCUUCGUAUCCACUCCUCCAUUUAAUAACUCACCGGUUUCCCUGUAGCUCUGCUCUAGAUUCAAGGAAAUCUGGGUUCUAGAAAACUCACUCAGCAGGAGAAGUCUUCUUUGGAUGAUAUAUUUGUUGCCUUAAAUGCAAAGGGGUCCAGAAACAAAACCAUUUCCAAGGCAGUUUCCAUUAGAGGAUAAGGUGAUGAAUACUUUCCCGAUUCCGGAACCAAAACCACUUUCAAGACAGUUACCCUUAGAGGCUAAGGUCGCUCCACUUCCCGCGCUGUUACCUUCCGAGGCUAAAGUGACCAAACCCAAUUCGCGGGGAUAUCAAGAUCUCGACUUAAGUGGACCUCUUCUAGCAUGGAAGGGGAUGGUUUAUUGCCAAGAAGACGAAGACGAUGUUACCCUCGAUGUUGGUUUGUCAUAUAAGAAAAGUGGUGAUUCAUACGAGGACAGCAACUCUUCAUCGUUCCGUGGGGCCACCCACCCCGCCGAACCAGUUGAUACAGACCUGAUGAGACUCUCAAUCAGGGUUCCUAACAUUAAACCAACCCCACCCAUUCUUGAAGAGCCAAACGAUCUAGGUAGAUUCUCAGCUGUUUUUGCGAUCCCCAGACCGUCCCAAAACACAGAAGCCAGCCUGGCACAUGAUUCUGAAGAUAGAGAAUGUGUUUGGGACGCUUCCUUGCCCCCCAGUGGAAAUGUGAGUCCUCUCAGUAGCUGCACUAUGAGCAUUGUGAAUAGUGGCACAAGCACAUACAAGAGUGAUGGGAUGAUGAGUGAUGGCAUGCUGAGUAUAGACCGGAACUUUGAUUCGCUUGAGAGUGUGCAGUCUAGCAUUAGCAGAGCAAGCAAUAGCAGUGAGCUAAGUGAUGAGAGUAACUGGAGCAAUGCCACUGGAACAGCCAAUAAGCCGCACAAAGGGAACGAUCCGAGAUGGAACGCUAUACUUGCAGUUCGGGCACGCGAUGGUGGUUUGGGGAUGAGCCACUUUAAGCUGCAUAGGAGAUUGGGGUGUGGGGACAUUGGGAGUGUUUAUCUGUCCGAGCUGUGUGGGACCUACUGUGCCUUUGCUAUGAAAGUGAUGGAUAAGGCGUCACUUGAGAGCAGGAAGAAGUUGAACCGUGCUCAAACUGAGAGAGAGAUACUGCAACUGUUGGAUCACCCGUUCCUGCCAACUCUGUACACUCACUUUGAAACCGAUAGGUUCUAUUGUUUGGUCAUGGAGUUUUGUCCCGGAGGAGAUCUUCAUGCUCUGCGUCAACGCCAGCCUGGAAAACACUUCUCUGAGUAUGCUGCAAGGUUUUAUGCAGCAGAAGUUUUAUUGGCACUUGAGUAUCUUCACAUGCUGGGAGUUGUGUACAGAGACUUGAAACCAGAAAACGUUUUGGUGCGAGACGAUGGUCACAUUAUGCUUUCAGAUUUUGAUCUUUCACUAAGAUGUGCAGUUUCUCCCACACUCGUGAAAACCUUUUCUGACCCAUCCAAAGAAGGCGCUUCCUUCUGUGUCCAGCCCUCCUGCAUUCAACCGGCAUGCUUCCUUCCACGUAUCUUCCCUCAGAAAGGCAAGAGACGACCCCACAGACUUCGAGCUGACCUUGGGCUACCAUCCAGCAAGACCCUGCCUGAGCUAGUCGCCGAGCCUACUUCGGUGCGGUCCAUGUCAUUCGUUGGGACGCACGAGUAUUUGGCGCCCGAAAUAAUCAAGGGAGAAGGCCAUGGUAAUGCCGUGGAUUGGUGGACGUUUGGUAUAUUCUUGCACGAGUUACUCUACGGUAAAACCCCAUUUAAAGGGUCUGGAAACCGGGCAACUCUUUUCAAUGUAGUCGGGCAGCAGCUGAAGUUCCCCGAUUCGCCCACAACUAGUCACGCAGCCCGUGAUCUGAUCCGUGGGUUACUGGUCAAAGAGCCUCAGAGCCGGUUAGGGGUAAAGAGAGGGGCAGCCGAGAUCAAGCAGCAUCCCUUCUUUGAUGGCAUUAACUGGGCAUUGAUCCGUUGCAGCACACCCCCCGAAAUACCAAAACCUGUUGAGGUCGAGCUGCCCGUGUUGAAAGCCGGGCAGCAAGUUGAGCUUGUUCCCGUUGCGAAUGGCACUCAAGGAAUGGUAGGGGCAGUAGACAUGAUGCCCGAUGGUAAAUUUCUCGACUUCGAGUUCUUUUAGCAUGGUAUGGUUUUUUUUAACCACUGCAUUUCAUUAGAAGGUAAAUUUCAUGAAUGUGGGUUGUUUUAGCAGUAGGGAAUGGGUUCUCUACCUUAUUUUGUAGGGCUCAUUGGUUCUUGGGGUUCAGAUGUUUAUUAGGUAUGAAAUGGAUAAGCUCCCCUUUUUGUGAUGAGUUAUGAUAGAACUAAGUUGAUGAUGAUGAUUUGUAUGCUAAUCUGUGUUAUUAUGAUUAGGUGGUGAACUUACACAACUUUAACUGGGUGUUUUUGUAUCCAUAAUAAUUAGCUCUUGGAUUUGUUUCUCUUAAAAUAUGGAGUCAAGUUGUGCUGUUGGAACAUAAUGAAAAAACAUCCACAACAACUUAGUAUGGUUCUCUUUGGCAUUGAAUUUAGCGGUUAGCUUCAACAUUUUAAAAAUGUUAUCCUACGAUAGUUUUAGCGUUAUUUAAGUUAAUACUCCUUUUUCCAUCAUCUCCGAUGGAGCCAAAAUUUCACCUGUUUUUGGCUUUGGGGUGUGAUGGAAUAAAUCAAAAUGGAUAUCUAAACUAUUUGCGCUUCUUUAAUUAAUGAAGUAGCAGUUAGUCAAGCAAUGCAACUUUCGACGUUGAGCCGGGGGUCUCUUUGGAAACAGCCUCUCUACUUUCGAGUAGGGGCAAGGUCUGCGUACACACACCCUCCCCAGACCCUACUCUUGUGGGAUUUAACUGGGUUGUUG